GGAGAGAUGGGCAAGACCGAGGGGCACUGCACGCUGGGACUACUCUUCGCUUAUUUGGACCAUUCCGUUAUAUAACCGAGAACUUCGUAGGCUGUUCUCUCUCUCUACCCCCGAAGCUUUUCAACGGCCGACCCACGUCGACUGACCCCUUCUCUUCUUCAUCGCGCGCAAUCUGACGGGAUCUGAGGUUUUACCGAGGGAAACACUGUUCUUCGCGUUGACUGGAGCUGUCGUCCUCCCACUUUUCUUGCAAUUCUUCCAUGGCUGCUCCAACUGCUAGGGCUCGCGCGGAUUACGAUUAUCUCAUAAAGCUCCUUCUGAUUGGCGAUAGUGGUGUCGGCAAGAGUUGCCUGCUUCUACGGUUCUCUGAUGGCUCCUUCACCACUAGUUUCAUUACCACAAUCGGUAUUGAUUUUAAAAUUAGAACAAUUGAGCUAGAUGGCAAACGUAUUAAACUUCAAAUUUGGGAUACGGCGGGUCAGGAGCGCUUCAGGACUAUUACUACAGCUUACUAUCGAGGUGCCAUGGGUAUUUUACUCGUAUAUGAUGUAACUGACGAGUCAUCCUUCAACAAUAUUAGGAAUUGGAUCCGAAACAUUGAACAGCAUGCCUCUGAUAAUGUUAACAAGAUAUUAGUUGGUAACAAAGCUGACAUGGAUGAAAGCAAAAGGGCGGUACCUACCUCAAAGGGGCAAGCGCUCGCUGAUGAAUAUGGCAUCAAGUUCUUUGAAACUAGCGCAAAAACAAAUCUUAACGUGGAGCAGGUUUUCUUUUCAAUUGCCAGAGAUAUCAAGCAGAGGCUUGCAGAAUCCGAUAACAAACCUGAGGAACGGACUAUUAAGAUAAACAAACCCGAACAAGCUGCAGGCGACAACAAAGCUCCAGAGAGAUCAGCCUGCUGUGGCUCUUAAGCAGGGGAUCAGAGAAGCUUGCUUGUGGGUUGGUAUCGAAUAUUAUUUCAAACUAAUUUGAGUGUUAUAUAGGUAGUGCAUGUGAUGACGAUCUGUCUGAUGGAUGAUGGGUAUUUUUAAUAGCCUACUAUCAUUCUUUACAACUUCUAUUUUCUGUCGUGUGGAAUGUAGUUAUUUAUCUCUGGUGGCGAAGUGUUAUUAUAUUGACCUAUUCUUUUCUUUUUUCAUCUCAGGGCCUCGUGCUCCUUUUCAUUCA